AUGUCUGACGGAAAGCUCGCAAAACCUGACCAAGAUUUUAGUCCACUAGUAGACCAACUUUUGCCAGAAACAGAAGCUCUUGCCAAGCAAGGACUUUUGAAUCAAGCAUUAGAACAGCUCUUAAGCCUUGAAAAGCAAACACGUCAGGCAGCUGAUCUCGAAUCAUCCACUCGCGUGUUAGCUCAUAUUGUCAGUCUAAUUCACACUUAUGGGGAUUGGAAGCUGCUGAACGAAUAUGUUAUUCUGCUCACGAAAAAACAUGGCCAGUUGAAACAGGCUAUUACUAAAAUGAUUCAAGAGACAAUGUCAUAUCUUGAUGAUACUCCGGAUCUUAACACAAAGUUAGAAUUAAUCGUUACAUUGCGCACCGUAACUGAAGGGAAAAUCUAUGUUGAAGUUGAACGUGCUCGUUUGACAAGGAUGCUUUCAAAAAUACGAGAGGAUGAAGGGAAACUCAAUGAAGCUGCAGAUAUUUUGCAAGAAUUGCAGGUCGAGACUUUUGGCUCGAUGGAAAAGCGAGAAAAGACCGAUUUCAUUCUAGAGCAGAUGCGUCUCACUCUUGCAAAACAAGAUUAUACCAGAACUCAGAUUGUUAGCAGAAAAAUCAAUAUUAAAUUCUUUGCGGAACCUGAACAACAGGAUUUGAAACUUCGUUACUACCAAUUAAUGAUACAACAUGCAUUGCACGAAGAAGAAUACCUGAAUGUUUGCAAAUACUAUCGACAGGUGUAUGAUACCCCCUCGAUAAAAGAUGACGAAACCAAAUGGAGAGAUGUCCUUCAAAAUGUCAUCUAUUUUAUCGUUCUAUCUCCAUACGAUAACGAACAGAAUGACCUGCUUCAUCGUAUCUACGAAGAUCCUAAUCUUAUCAAAUUGAGCUUACACUACGAGCUCGUCAAAUGUUUCAUAACACCCGAGUUGAUGCGAUGGCCGCGUAUUCAAGAAUUAUAUGGUGUAGCAUUGAUACAGACCCCGGUGUUUUCUCAAUCAGAUGAAGCUGGCAAAAAACGAUGGCAGGAGUUGCAUAAACGCAAUAUUCGUGUGGUAGCGAAAUAUUAUACGCGCAUCAGAACCAAGAGAUUGACUCAACUAUUGGACCUCAAUGAGCAGGACACCGAAGAUUUCCUCUCGAAAUUAGUAGUUUCAAAGACAAUCUACGCCAAAAUAGAUCGACCAGAUGGGAUCGUCUCAUUUGCCACGCCUAAAGACGCGAAUACGGUGCUCAAUGACUGGUCAAAUAAUGUUAAUUCACUAUUAGGACUUAUUGAGAAAACUUGUCAUCUUAUCACCAAAGAAGAAAUGUUGCAUAGCAUCGCUAGAGUGAAGUAG